GUCCGUCCGUUCAUGAUUUUGGCAGACUUGUUUUUGCAUGAACGCACGUUUUGGAGAAAUCAGCGACAGCGCCGAGAAGGUGACGGGUUCGGCUCGCGAGCCUAACUGGAUCAGAAGCGCCUGAGCGCUGGGAAGGCGGAGGAUUUCUGCGGACAGCAGGGGGCAGUAGCGGGCAGGAGCCGCUGGAUCCACCUGGAUCCGCGCCUGGUUCUUCCUGCGAAUGAAGUCUUGAACCUUCCCUCUACGCUUGCUGGCGGAUCACGUGACCUCCGCGGCGGAGGCAGGCGAGCUUCAAACAUGGUGCUGGAAUAUGCGUGCGUGUGAGCCGCGUGUGUUGGUAGGGUGGAGUUCAGUCCGGGAAGAUUCUCGCCUCACCGAGUUCGGAGGCUGGGAGUCAGAGUAGCUGCGACCACCCACGUGUGACACCUGGACACGUGAUUCUGACCUCGGAAAAACCGACUCGUCACGUCCCCCUCAGCGUGAGCUGCAGGUUGGACUGUGACGCGAGCCUGCAGAGGGCGACGAUCCCACCAGGUUUGGGUCACAGCAAGGACGCGUCGACAAAGGCAGUGCCGCUGGAGGAGACGAUGGACACGACGCAAACUAUCGCGUGACAAGCGAGGCGCUCCGAGAAGCGAAUGAAGGCUGAGUGUCCAGUGCAAAACAGAGGGAUGUCGGGGUGACGGAGGGGUUGUUAACCAGGCAGUCAGUAGCGAUUGAUUAUUGACUCGCUGAGCGUCUGCUACAGAUGGAUCUGCAGAGAUUAGACGAGUGAGAGAAAAUCAGAAGGCAUUGAUCACUGCGGUGAUGCGAUCAUCCAGCAGAGACUCAGACAAGAGCUGCAGCCCGAGAGGUCAGUGAGAGGGGGAGGAGCGAGAGAGGGGGAGUCAGUGAGAGAGAGAGAGAGAGAGCGAGCGAGCGAGCGAGAGAUCGCGGGGUUCUGGAGCCGCCGGUAGCAGCCGCAGCGGCAGCAGCAGCGCCGGGACUCGCAGCGACCCAACACCGCGGCGGCCUCUCCCCCCUGCCUCCCUCGCUUCCUCGCUAAGAUGGCGGACCCCAGCAGCGACGGAGAGAUGCCGGAGAGCGCGCGAGGAUUCGCCCGCCAGGGAGCCCUGCGCCAGAAGAACGUCCACGAGGUGAAGAACCACAAGUUCAUCGCGCGCUUCUUCAAGCAGCCCACCUUCUGCAGCCACUGCACCGACUUCAUCUGGGGGUUUGGAAAACAAGGCUUCCAGUGUCAAGUGUGUUGCUUUGUCGUCCACAAGCGCUGCCAUGAGUUCGUCACCUUCUCCUGCCCAGGGGCCGACAAGGGUCCCGCCUCUGACGACCCGCGCAGCAAACACAAGUUCAAGGUGCACACCUACUCCAGCCCGACCUUCUGCGACCACUGCGGCUCGCUGCUCUACGGCCUCAUCCACCAGGGCAUGAAGUGCGACCACUGCAUGAUGAACAUCCACAAGCGCUGCGUGGCCAACGUCCCCAGUCUGUGCGGCACCGACCACACGGAGAGGAGGGGACGGAUCCACAUCUCUGCCCUGAUCAGUGACCACACGCUCACCGUCACCAUCAAGGAGGCCCGGAACCUGGUCCCCAUGGACCCCAACGGGCUGUCGGACCCCUACGUGAAGCUGAAGCUGAUCCCCGACCCCAAGAGCGAGAGCAAGCAGAAGACCAAAACCAUCAAGUGCUGCCUGAACCCCACCUGGAACGAGACCUUCACCUUCUCCCUGAAGGAGAGCGACAAGGACCGCCGGCUCUCGGUGGAGAUCUGGGACUGGGACCUGACCAGCCGCAACGACUUCAUGGGCUCCCUGUCCUUCGGCAUCUCCGAGCUGCAGAAGCAGGGGAUGGACGGCUGGUUCAAGCUGCUGUCUCAGGAAGAGGGCGAGUAUUUCAACGUCCCCGUGCAGCCCGACGGAGAGGACGGCAACGAGGAGCUGCGUCAGAAGCUGGAGAGGGCGCGGGUGGGACCCGGGAAGCCCGCCGACUCCUCCUCCUCCUCCUCCGUCUGCAAGUACGACAGCAACGGCAACCAGGACCGGGUCAAGCUGUCGGACUUCAACUUCAUCAUGGUGCUGGGGAAGGGCAGCUUCGGGAAGGUGAUGCUGGCCGAGAGGAAGGGCACGGACGAGCUCUAUGCCGUCAAGAUCCUGAAGAAAGACGUGGUGAUCCAGGACGAUGACGUGGAGUGCACCAUGGUGGAGAAGAGGGUCCUGGCUCUGUCGGGGAAGCCGCCCUUCCUCACGCAGCUGCACUCCUGCUUCCAGACCAUGGACCGGCUGUACUUUGUCAUGGAGUACAUCAACGGCGGAGACCUCAUGUACCAGAUCCAGCAGGUCGGAAAGUUCAAGGAGCCGCACGCCGUGUUCUACGCGGCUGAGAUCGCCACCGGACUCUUCUUCCUUCACUCCAAGGGCAUCGUGUACCGGGACCUGAAGCUGGACAACGUGAUGCUGGACUCUGAAGGUCACAUCAAGAUCGCAGACUUCGGCAUGUGCAAGGAGAACAUGCUGGACGGCGUCACCACCAAGACCUUCUGUGGGACGCCGGACUACAUUGCCCCCGAGAUCAUCGCGUACCAACCGUACGGGAAGUCGGUGGACUGGUGGGCCUUCGGCGUGCUGCUAUACGAGAUGCUAGCCGGGCAGCCGCCCUUCGACGGCGAGGACGAGGACGAGCUAUUCCAGUCCAUCAUGGAGCACCACGUGUCCUACCCCAAGUCCAUGUCCAAAGAAGCCGUGGCCAUCUGCAAGGGGGUGAGUGGCGGCGGCGUCUUCCCGAGCCCUGAGGUCUUCCUGCGAUUGUGUGUGUGUGUGUGUGUGCAGCUGAUGACCAAGCACCCGGGCAAGCGGCUGGGCUGCGGGCCGGAGGGCGAGCGCGACAUCAAGGAGCACGCCUUCUUCCGCUACAUCGACUGGGAGAAGCUGGAGAACAAAGAAGUGCAGCCGCCGUUCAAGCCCAAAGCCUGUGGGCGCCUCGCCGAGAACUUUGACCGCUUUUUCACUCGCCACCCCCCCGAGCUGACCCCCCCAGAUCAGGAGCUCAUAGCCAACCUGGACCAGGAAGAGUUCCACGGAUUCUCCUUUGUAAACCCGGAGUACUCGCGCUCCGCCCCCUGACACCGCGGCGGGGUCACGCUUCACCGGCCCGUUUGACAUUUGUGGGAAACACUGCCGCUACCAGUCUAGCACCAUCAGAAAAAUGCUGACUCAUGCUGGCAACUGCCGCCGUCGAAUGUCACCUCCAGACACAUUCGUGCCAAUCGUCGUUGACACGUUAGCAUCCUGCCGAAGUGUCUGUCUUCAGUGUUCUCUCCUCGCCACCGAUCCAUUAGCGCAACACUUGCUAGUGUUGUCUCAAUGCUAUGCUAGGCUAAAGGCUGUGCAAGUGACUUUAUCUGUAUUCAAUUAAAACCAAACAUUUACAUCUACAUGUUGCGCUGUAGUUAGCUGCUGUGGCGAAGUGUCACUUGACCAAAACGUUAGUACAGCAUUCACGGGUUAGCAUAGCCGCACGCUUGUUUACAUGAGCACUGAGUCAUUAGAAAGCUAUACUUACGAUGCUAUGCUAAUCUACAUGUCCUUUGUUUCAUGUUCAGGUUUUGACCAAUUUAUUUGAGCUAGCAUCGGGCUGCCAAUGAGGCUUUGCUAAUGUCUGAAUUCAGCUACGGUUCGUCGGCCGCACGCUAAUAGAAAUCUGUCAUGUGGGCCAUGAUCAGUCAUCACCUGUAUUCAGGCCAACAGUUGCUAUAGCAAACAUGUGUCAACACCAAUUCAUUCUCAUCCAGUUAGCUUUGAAUGCAGGGGCUGCGUUUGAGCGUGUAACUCUUCAGUAUUCUGUAGUCGUCAUUUUUUUUGCUAUUUUAGCGGAUGCUGUGCAGCUGUCACUCAAAACUGUGUCAGUUAGCAGCGGUUCUUUAAGCAUCGUCGGCCAUUUCUCAGCUGCUGCCUGAUGAGUUGAAUCAGAGCUGGACCUUAUUUGAAGCUAACAAGAGACGCUAGCAUUUUAGCAGGUUGGGUCAAGUGCAUUUGCUGUGUGUUUGCAACAGGAUUGUUCCUGAGCUCUGCUAGCUUCACGACUGAAUGCUGCGCGAGCCGUGAGGCUGAAGUGGGUGUCUCUUCGACCAGAGUCCAUUUCCCAAAAGUGUCAAACUUGUCCUGCUAAUGUCGUUACCUGGAUGCUAACGUGGACUCGAUUGUGGUCCGGGUCCGUAUGUGGUGGCCCCCUGCAGGUUCAGAGGUCAGAAGCAAGCGUUCAGAAAGAGGGGCGGAAUGUUUGGAGCAAAUGUCCUCCACAUUCGUCCCAAAGACACAUUUGUGAAUUAAAUUCAAUUUAAAGAAAUCCCAAUCGAUCCAUAAAAUGCGAUUUGUGGAUUAAAUGUUACAAAAAAGAUAUUGAAAUUUAAAAGUGGGAAAUGAAAUCACAAACUUUAUUGAAAAAUAAACUUCAACUCGAUUCUCAUCAAAAUGAUUGGUUCAGACACAAACAAAGAGGAAGUGCAAACCAUGUCGCCGAGGAACGUUCUGGACCAGACACGUGAAGAGUCCACUGUAGCUGCAGCGGCCAUCGUCCGGCGCCACGCUCUGUCGGGUCUCCAGGUUCCCUCAGUGGUGGCGCGGCGGCCCUCCCCUCGUUCCUCUGUGAUGAUGUGACAGGAAGUCUGGAGCGAACCUGUGUGCACCUCAUCUGUUCUGGACUCUUCUUCACUCAAGCCUCAGCCUCAUCUGCUGAGGCUCCGCCCCCAGCAGUGACCAAUAUUAUUGACCCACACGUAUCGUAGUGCAAUGUGCUGGCUGGGACAGCAGGGGGCACUAGCCUUACUGGGGUCCUGGACAAGAGGCGGUCAGCUCUGUCAGUAGGGUGCCGUGCCACGGGCCGAGCGCCGACUCAUGCGGCAGACCUCAGUCACCCAGCACCGUCGUUGUGCUUGGAGGGACUUUGAGGAAAAACUUGGAAUCAGAGACGUGGAGCAGCAGGAAGCAGAACAAGUGACACAGGUCUGGCAGAAGAGUCACCGCAGGCUGCUGAUGGAUGGACACACACACACACACACGUCUGCCUCUCUGUCCUUGUGGGGACCUCCCCUGGCUGGGGUCCAGCCAAAUGGUCCCCACAAGUAUGACUGUACGAGGUACAGGCGCACACACACACACACCUGCCUGCCAGUCCUGUGAGUCACGCUCCAGGUAGGAAACACCUGUGUGCGUCACUCUGUGUGUGUGUGUGUGUGUGCGUCAGUCCUGAGGUCCUGACCGGUCUUUGUGGGCCUCCCUCUGUCUGCUGUGUCCCGGUUAGUACAAUCCGAUCCUUCAAACUGGCUCCAGAAGACAGGAGCCCUCGUCUUCCUGUCGGGUCACAUGACCACCCGGGUCUCUCUGAGAGACUGGGAUGACUCGGGUCUCUCUGAGAGACUUUGUCAGUGGAGAGCUUCGUCUUCUGGCUCAGCUCUUUCCUACCGACCGAAGCUCCGCCUCCGUCCUCCCCUUCAGAGUGUGGCGAGGUCAGGCCCCUCCUCCGCCGACCGAACCCCCUCCCUCCUCGACUCUGCUCCGUCUCAACUUCCGUCUGUGUCUC